GAGGAGAAGAAAGUGAAGUUGGCAGUAAUUGAGUUCACUGAUUAUGCUAUUAUUUGGUGGGAUCAAUUAGUGACCAAUAGGAGGAGGAAUUAUGAGAGGUCUGUCGAGACAUGGGGAGAGUUGAAAGCUCUCAUGAGGCGGAGAUUUGUACCUAGCCACUACUAUAGGGACCUCUACCAGAAAUUACAAAAUCUUACACAGGGGUCUAGGAGUGUGGAGGACUACCAUAAGGAGAUGGAGGUGGCUAUGAUACGGGCGAAUGUAGAGGAGGAUAGGGAGGCCACUAUGGCUAGAUUUUUGUGUGGUUUGAAUAGGGAGAUAGCCAAUGUGGUUGAGUUGCAACAUUAUGUAGAAAUAGAAGACAUGGUGCACAUGGCUAUGAAGGUGGAGAGGCAAUUAAAGAGGAAAGGGACAUCAAGGUACACUUCAGUUUCUAGCACUCCUUGGAAACCAAAGUGGGAAAAAGAUGAUCGAGCUGUAACAAGGGCAAAGACAGAACCACCUAAAGGAAACGAUGAAGGAACUAGCAACAAACCCAAGUUGGCAUCCCAACCUUCUAGAAAUAGGGAUAUUAAAUGCUUUAAGUGUUUGGGUUCAGGCCACAUCGCUUCUCAAUGUCCAAACAAACGUGUGAUGAUUAUGCGUGACAAUGGGGAGGUGAUGACUGCAAGUGAGGAUGAUCGUGAUGAGAUACCUGAGUUGGAGGAUGCUAGUGAUGAUGAUGGAGUAGAAUACCCCGUAACAGGUGAGUCCCUUGUUGCCAGGCGUGCUCUCAACACACAAAUUAAGAUGGAUGAAGCAGAGCAACAAAGGGAGAACAUUUUCCAUACUAGAUGCCACAUUAAUGGCAAGGUAUGUAGUAUGAUAAUUGAUGGGGGGAGUUGUACUAAUGUUGCUAGCACUACAUUAGUUGAAAAAUUGAAUUUACCUACCUUGAAACACUCUCGACCAUACAAGCUGCAGUGGUUGAAUGAUUGUGGGGAGGUUAGGGUGGAUAGACAAGUGUUAGUUACUUUUUCCAUUGGGAAGUAUCAAGAUGAAGUGCUUUGUGAUGUUGUGCCAAUGCAUGCUGGCCAUAUAUUGUUGGGGAGACCAUGGCAGUAUGAUAGGAGAGAGUUUGAGGAUGUAUUCCCAGAAGAAGUGCCUAAUGAGUUGCCACCCAUUAGAGGCAUUGAGCACCAGAUUGAUUUCGUGCCCGGGGCUGCUAUUCCAAACCGACCAGCUUAUAGAAGUAAUCCAAAUGAGACAAAGGAGCUUCAGAGGCAAGUUGAGGAUUUGAUGAGCAAGGGGUACGUGAGGGAGAGUAUGAGCCCAUGUGCAGUACCAGUGCUUCUAGUGUCUAAGAAGGAUGGGACGUGGGGUUAUGUUGUUAGUACAAAGGGUAUUGAAGUGGAUGAAGAGAAAGUCAAGGCCAUUAAGGAGUGGCCAACACCAAAGAGCGUCACUGAGGUAAAAAGCUUUCAUGGUUUAGCUAACUUUUAUUGGCGUUUUGUUAAAGAUUUUAGCACCAUUGCUGCACCACUCACUGAAAUCAUUAAAAAGAAUGCAUUUGCCACUAUUAAAGAAAGGUUGUGCUCUGCACCCAUGUUAGCAUUACCAGAUUUUAACAAAACUUUUGAGAUUGAAUGUGAUGCCUCAGGAAUAGGGAUUGGAGCCAUUUUGAUGCAGGAUAGGCGGCCGAUUGCCUUUUUCAGUGAGAAGCUAAGUGGGGCAUCCCUGAAGUACCCUACUUAUGACAAAGAACUUUAUGCUCUUGUUCGUGCAUUAGAGACUUGGCAGCACUACUUGUGGCCUAGGGAAUUUAUGAUCCACACCGAUCAUGAAUCGUUGAAGCAUCUCAAGGGUCAAGGUAAGUUGAAUAAGAGGCAUGCUAGAUGGAUGGAAUACAUUGAGACCUUUCCAUAUGUCAUCCGUUACAAGCAAGGUAAGGAGAAUAUUAUUGUUGAUGCUUUAUCACGGAGGUAUCAUGAUGGUUACUUGUUUAAAGAAGAUAAACUGUGUGUACCUAGUUGUUCUAUGCGUGAGUUAUUGGUGCGUGAGGCACAUGGCGGGGGAUUGAUGGGACACUUUGGUGUCAAGAAAACCUUAGAUAUAUUGCAUGAACAUUUAUUUUGGCCUAAGAUGAAAAGAGACAUCAAUCGCAUUUGUAGCAGGUGCAUCACAUGUAGAAAUGCCAAAUUUAAGGUUUUGCCACAUGGGUUAUAUACACCCUUACCCGUUCCUAGUGAGCCAUGGGUAGACAUAUCUAUGGACUUUGUUGUGGGGCUGCCUAGGACAAAAAGGGGUAGAGAUUCUAUUUUUGUGGUUGUGGAUAGAUAUAACAAGAUGACACAUUUCAUUCCAUGCCAUAAAACAGAUGAUGCCACAAGCAUAGCUGACUUAUUUUUCAAAGAGAUAGUGCGACUCCAUGGUGUGCCCAAGAGCAUUGUUUCUGAUAGGGAUGUUAAAUUUCUUAGCUUCUUUUGGAAGGUGUUGUGGGGAAAAUUAGGUACUAAACUUUUAUUUUCCACUACUUGUCACCCACAGACUGAUGGUCAGACUGAAGUAGUUAAUAGGACUUUAACUCAGCUUUUACGCACUGUUGUUCAUAAGAAUUUAAAGACUUGGGAGGAUUGUUUGCCAUUUAUAGAGUUUGCAUAUAAUAGGACCAUCCAUACUACUACUUCAUACUCUCCUUUUGAAAUUGUUUAUGGUUUUAAUCCACUUACUCCUUUAGAUUUGAUGCCUUUGCCUAUUGAUGGCAGGAAUUGGGUUUGGGUUCACAUGCGCAAAGAAAGAUUCCCAGCUCAUAGACGAACUAAGUUGCAUCCUCGAGGAGAUGGACCUUUCCAAAUUCUUGAUAAAAUUAAUGACAAUGCAUAUAAAGUGGAUCUUCCAAGUGAAUAUAAUGUUUCUACUACCUUCAAUGUUUCUGAUCUUUUUCCUUUUGAUGUAGGUGAAGAUUCGAGGUCGAAUCCUUUUGAGGAGAGGGGGAAUAAUGGGAACCAAGGUGGAGCUAUCCUUAAAGAUCCCUUGCAAAUUCCAGAUGGGCCAAUUACAAAAUCAAGAGCCAAGAAGAUCAAGGAAGCAAUGCAAGGAUUGACUGUGAUUAAAACUAAGAGUGUCGAAUUCAUGCCAUUUUUCCUGUCACUGUUCGUGUUCUUGUGCGGGACUUCUUGGUUUGUGUUUGGGUUGCUCGGAGGUGAUCCUUUUGUUUUUGUGCCAAAUGGCUUCGGCUGUGAUUUAGGGGUCGCACAGCUGAUCUUGUACUUUAUCUACAGAGAUAACAAGGGUACUGCGACCGUCGAACCCAUUGUACGCAACCGUGGACGCCAUGUGUCCGUCUGGACGACCACGCGCUCUAGACGAUCUACUUGA